AAACAGGGCUCAGAACUUGUAACAGAAAAUUAAAAUAUACUCCAUGCAAGGGAACUCUGGACUUUGUACUUUGGUUAAAGUCUCACUCGGCUUCAAAUUUCUAAACUUUUCUUAAGAAAUCAAGUUUCCUUUGAUCUCUUCUGAAUUGCAGAAAUCACAUAAAACUUCUUGGUGAAAUGACUUCUUGCCACAUUGCUGAAGAACCUAUAAAAAAGGUUGCUAUCUUUGGAGGAACUCAUGGGAAUGAGCUAACAGGAGUAUUUCUGGUUAAGCAUUGGCUACAGAAUGGCGCUGAGAUUCAGAGAACAGGUCUGGAGAUAAAACCACUUAUUACAAACCCAAAAGCAGUGAAGAAGUGCACCAGAUAUAUUGACUGUGACCUGAAUCGUGUUUUUGACUCUGAAAAUCUUGGCAAAGAAAUAUCAGAAGAUCUGCCAUAUGAAGUGAGAAGGGCUCAAGAAAUAAAUCUUUUAUUUGGUCCAAAACAUAGUGAAGAUUCUUAUGAUAUUAUUUUUGACCUUCACAACACAACUUCUAACAUGGGGUGCACUCUUAUCCUUGAAGAUUCCAGAAAUAACCUUUUGAUUCAAAUGUUUCAUUAUAUUAAGACUUCUUUGGCUCCAUUACCCUGCUACGUUUAUCUUAUUGAGCAUCCUACCUUCAAAUAUGCAACCACUCGUUCUGUAGCCAAGUAUCCUGUUGGUAUAGAAGUUGGUCCCCAGCCUCACGGGGUUCUGAGAGCUGAUAUUUUGAAUCAAAUGAGAAAAAUGAUUAAACAUGCUCUUGAUUUUAUACAUGAUUUCAAUGAAGGAAAAGAAUUUCCUCCCUGUGCCAUUGAGGUCUAUAAAAUAAUGGAGAAAGUUGAUUACCCCAGAAAUGAAAAUGGAGAAAUUUCUGCUGUAAUCCAUCCUGAUCUGCAGGAUCAAGACUGGAAACCAUUGCACCCUGGGGAUCCGGUGUUUUUAACACUUGAUGGGAAGACUAUUCCACUGGGUGGAGACUGUACGGUGUACCCAGUAUUUAUAAAUGAGGCCUCAUAUUAUGAAAAGAAAGAAGCUUUUGCAAAGACAACUAAACUAACACUCAAGGCAAAAAGUAUUCGCUCUUCUUUACAUUAAAUAUCACUUCUAGCUCGCUUGUUGUACCAUACCUUGAAAAACUCUACUAGUUUAUAAGAUCCUCAAAAGGAGGGUUGUGCCUUAAUCAGCUUCAUCUCCAACACCUAGGACAGUGCCUUACUCAGUAGACAUCUAGCAAAUUUCCUAAAUUAAUGAAUAUCUUUGAAAGGUAUCAUAUUUUAUGUAUGUAACUUAUUCAAAGACAUGUUUCUAGUUUAUUAUACAUUAUACUUUAAUGCUCUUAAUAAACAGCCUUUAUACUCAAAAUAAAAAUUAAAAAUACAUUAAAAA